AUGUCACAUUUUUCGGAGUAUAAGGACCUCAUCCAGGUCGGUGACCUGGCACUGGUUUGGAUAUCAAGAGACAACAUCAAGCCCGUAACAAUUACCGCUGGCGAAACGUUCAACACCAGAUAUGGCUCUUUCCCGCACGAUGACAUGAUCGGAAAGCCAUACGGAUCUCAGAUUGCGGUCAGAACGAAAGGGUCUAAUAGGUUCGGCUUUAUUCAUGUUCUGCAGCCAACCCCAGAGCUGUGGACCAUUUCGUUGCCUCAUAGAACACAGAUAGUUUACACCCCAGACUCCUCCUACAUCAUGCAGAGACUGCAGUGCAGCCCGCACUCCAGAGUCAUAGAGGCAGGCACUGGAUCUGGGUCCUUUUCUCACGCUUUCGCGCGCAGUGCUGGCCAUCUUUUCUCAUACGAGUUUCACGAAGUCAGAUACGAACAAGCAAAGAAAGAGUUCGAGGAACACGGGCUGUUCCGCGAUGGAAACGUCACAAUAACUCAUCGCGAUGUUUGCCAUGAUGGUUUCACUAUCAAAAAUACGGACAAAACUACGUUCUUCGACGGCAAGAGCGCUGAGGAGGCUCAGCAGCCAGCUUGCAUUGGCGCUGAUGUGAUUUUUCUUGAUCUCCCUGCGCCCUGGGACGCCAUCCCUAACCUGGACUGCGUAAUAUCGCAAAACUCCAAGACCUCCAUGUGCUGCUUUUCCCCUUGUAUAGAGCAAGUUGACAAAACUCUAGAAGCUCUCGAAAAGCACGGGUGGACCGAAGUUGAAAUGGUUGAGAUUCAAGGUCGCCAGUAUGAGUCUAGGAGACAGAUGGUGAGACAUCUUGAUGACGCACUACAGAGAUUAAGAGACGUGAGAGAGCGCAAACAGGUCGGUGUUGAGAGGCGCAAAAGAAUGUUUAAUAAAAUCAUCAGCGAUCAAGAAGAGCCUUACGAAGAAAGACCGGAGACACCCAAGACUCAAUUCAAUCCUUUUGGCAAGGGUUCUAGAGUAAAGGAAGGGGACUCCAAUUACAGCUGGAAAGAAGUGUCGAAAGUUGAAUCCGAGAUCAAGUCCCACACCUCAUACCUCACGUUUGCCUCUAAAAUUGUCCACAAGGCAAGAAACGAAGAGCUUGUCCAAAGCAUAAUAGAAGAGCACAAGGAUGUUACUCCUGAGAGCACGCUCCCGGGUAAAAAGGACAAGAAGCAGUCUGUAAAUAAGUAA